AUGCAUUCCCUGGUCAUCACCACAUUACUCCUCGCAGCCAUCUCUAAUUCAGUAAUCGGUAAGUAUCCUCUAAUUCGUGUUGAGUAAUCGCUUGCAAAACCUUUCAAGGUAACACUUCUCAAACGCUUUUCUAAAAUUCCCAUGAAUUACUGUUUCCCUUUUCUCCGACUUUUUAAAUUUAGCGUUCUCUUGUACUACUAUUUUCGCUAAUUCACAGGAUUAGAAAAACUUGUUUUCUCUUCAUUAGAAGUUAAAUUGGAAGUCAUAUUAGAAGUAAUUAGUCCUGAUUAAAUGCUAAUUUCCCCCAUUAAAGGCCUUGGAUACAUCUAUGAGGACGCGUAUUAUCCAAUCCCUCGGGGCUCGCAAAUCGUUGUGGAAGCCCCCUCAAUCCCGGAUGAGAAGGUGAUACCACAACGACGCUUUGAUCCCGCCUGGAGGCAUAUUGGAUUGGGCAAGAGAACGGCCGAAGAGCGACGAACAGUCAGUGGAGAGCGGUCCUGGGCCAUGAUUGGACUGGGCCGGUAGGUUGGACUGGAUACGACCGCCAGAUUUUGACUCGACUGGACCGGAGAAGAAGACUGGCCGCCGAGGUCAACGCUUUCCUUGUACAUGUUAUAUUAAUUUAAUUGUAACUUAGUUAAAAACGUUACUUUCCUCGGCCCACUUUGAUUAUCUGAUUAAUGGGAUCUUUUAAUCGGGGUCGGCCUCUCCGAUCGGCCGCGGGGUCAUUCAUCACCGCCCCAAAAAAACGUUGAAAUUCGGGGCGGAAAUGGCCAAAUGAUUGUGUCACAACAUGCCAAAUAUCCCCCAAGAAAAAACUUUGAAACCCAAGAGAAACCGGAAGCCCGUUAAGAGAUACGGAGAAACGUCCCGGCCUUGCCGCAGGGCAUAUGGCCAAGUCGUUAUUGUCGAUUAUCCGCGCUUCCAAAAAGGAAGAGGCUCUGACUGACACUUCAGAAUUCUACAAGUGCCCGGAGAUGGGGUGA